GAUCCAGUGCCAAAGCAACUACACGCUCUUCUUCAUUGUGAAGACCGAGAGUAGCUGGAUUUUUGUCCUACAGCUCGUCCACGGAGUUCUUGUUCACUUUCUGCGACCACACGACACAUGAAAGAGGGGCGUCGUGUUCUGGUUCUUUCUGCAAGAAGACCACGCUGUGAGAAGAACGUUGUGGUCUUCACGCCAGCUGUUAGUAUACGAACGAGUAUGAUGGAGUAGUUACACACAGACUGAAACUGAAGACCCGGAGCAGUCCAUCCUUUACCUUCCCCGCGACCCGUCGCUUCAUCCAAGAAGAUGGCAGCCUCGUUGGUUGGUACUUUUCGCAACCUCCAGGCCACCAGUUCUUCCUCGUCUCAGCCCGCUUUUCGUCGGUCCGGAGAAAACAAUUUGAACAACACCCUCCUGCAGGAUUCCCCGGUGAAAGACUACUGGAACUUUCCGGAGAAGGCCGGGACCUACCGCGGAAUUGACAAAACAGGGAAGAAAAUACCGAUAAGCGCCUUCUUACCGGUGUUGAAUUACACGACUGAGUACAAUAAUGCGGGUGAAGUAGUACACAAGAGUAGCAGAGAUGAUGGGAAAGGCGAUGUUGGCGCCAGUCCGAGUAAAAACGAACUAUUUCUUCACGGAGAUGCUUAUGCAGUGCAAAAGUAUCGCACUCGUAUAAAAUCGCAUGACAAAUUUGCUCAGUAUUACAAAUUAAAUUUCUCAUGCUGAUUUACCUUGAGAAAGAGAUUUGUCAUGCAUAAUUGCAAUUACUACGAGUGCGAUACUUUUCCACAGGAUAAUGCCAGGGCGGCGACGAAUUCCAAGGAACGGCUGAUGAAACAUGGAAUCACGUAUACAAAUAAACUUGUUCUUGCCUGUCAUGCACGACAACACAAGCGAUUGCUGUAUACAGGUGUUCAGCAUGACAAACUAUACAACUUCUCCAUAGGUCCGACGUGGAGCAUGCGCAUUUCGACCUUCGCCACGGUGGCGGUUUCCACCACCACGCAACGCCGGCCGUGCACCUGCCGGGAGAAAACGAAAAUUUGACCUCGCCGGCGCGGCCGAAGUUAAAACUGCACACGGACAUUGACAAAAAGUCCAGAGUAGAGGCGGAGCACCAGGACAAAAGGAUACAAGGCCAAAUUGAAGAAACCGAGACGCUCCAGCACUACCGACGGCACAAAACGAGGUUGCUGCUAAAAGCUGCAGCGGAGGAGAAAGCCGGUGGAGAGGCGGGUGGGAAGAAAAAGGUAGACCACGUAUAGUAUUAGUACUGCGCAACAUGCAUGACAGAUCAUGCUUGUUUUGCGAGUUCUGCAAGACAAAUUCUGCAGAUGAAAUGUUCGACGCUCGUGAUUGUCCUACAGGUAUCAAAAUGGCGCCGAGCCUCAAUCGGCGGCCUCGCUGCUUUCGACGUCGGGGGCGUUGCAACGCAUUUUUCCUUAUCCUGUGCAAAAGUAUCCCACUCGUGUAUAAAUGCAUUAGCAUUACAAAUUUCCUCAGCAUGAGAAAUAAAAUCUGUAAUGCGGAUUCACCUUUACAUAAUGCAUGACUGCAAUUACUACGAAUGCGAUACGUUUGCUGUUCAUAUUCCUGCGCUUUCCCCGACCCGGGAGUGGAGAAAGCGGUCGACCAACUCGAGCUGAUGAUCGCAAAUCAAGUCCAUUCGCACGAGGUACAUUUUUGUCAUGCAGGAAUGCUGCGAGUGCCAGAUUUCUCAUGGAUGUCUAAGUACUCUGGUGCAUGUACAAAAAAUCAUAAUCUAUCAGCCGUCCAUCGAAGUUGUGGAGGCGAUUCGUGCGGUCCUCGCCGACCGACCAGAGUGGCGAAACCGCAUGGCCGUGCUCACCACCUCACCUAUCAACUGCAAAAAUGUCUGGGUCUGGAAGAUUGCCAGACUUGUCACGCAGGUUUUCCAUGGCCCAUGAGGUCUGGCAUGUAGGACAUAGCAUGACAGAUUCUGUGAGAUCUUUCUAAUGCCUAUCCUUCAUGAGAAACUGCCUCUCGAUUAGCGCAAAAGUGGACAACUUUUGGCAAUCAUGCAACGCAGUUUUUUGUCUGGUUCAGAUUUAGCAUGACAAGUUACAUUCUUCCAGACCCUGACCCAGACAUUUUUGCAUUUGAUAUCACCGAUCUUGCGACAAGUGAUACUGCAAACGCAGGCACCGGGGGCAAGGUAUAUAUACAGAUGUCUGGUGUUCAUGAUAGCCAUUAUAAGGGAAUUUUGUCAUGCAAAGACACGCAUCCCACAGCACUUCUGUGUUGCAGAAAAACGAACGGCACGAAUAAUCUUCGCAGGAUCGCCGGUUCCUCCGUCCUCGGUGCCACGCAUCCCUGGCGCUCCUUCCCUUCCGACCCUUCCGGGCGCGAGCCCCUGCGGUUACCCAGUUACGCCUCUAAGUCGCAGAGAACGAGAAGGAAUCGCGAGAAUAACCCGUACCGGUCCGAUCACAACUGGCCGGAGGUAUGGAUGAUUUAUUUUGCACAAUUUUUUUUCAGGUUGUCAUGGAUGCAGGGUUUCAUUGCAUAAUUCGACGCAGCGUCUACAUCUACUAGGCAAAAAUGCUCUGUGAAUAAACUAUCAGGUCGACCCCAUCCGCGGUUGUCUGGCCGGCCUCCAAGACCAAGAAGUCUCCAGCACCGACCAACAAAUCACACCGCACCUUCCCAAGUGCCCCAUCGAGCAACUGCGCGUGGACCCGACCAAAACGUUUUCUCAGCGCUACUCGUUUCCGAAAGACAAGAGGAAAGACGCGAACUAUUUAUCCUGUACAACAGUAUCGUACUCGUUGUAAUAAUUGGAGUCAUGCAUUACAAAUCUAAGGCAAAUCCGCAUUACAAAUUUUAUUUCUCAUGCUGAGAAAAUUUGUAAUGCAUUUAUACGAGUAGGAUACUUUUGCAAUGCAUAUUAUUCUCCGUCGAACAAAACCCACAACGACGCACUGAAAGUGUCCGACCCCGUAUCCAAGAAAAAAAGAUUGUAGGUGUAAACUUUGUUGGAGGAUCAGCAUUACAAAUAUCUACUCUGGCGUGACAGCAAAAACCUGUCAUGCGCAGAUUCGAUAGUACGUGAAAACGCCCUUGGAUUAUGGACCUUACAACGCAUGCCCAGCAUGACAGACGCAAUCAUCUUGCAUGUUGCGCAUCACAAAUUCACACUAGCAGCGUCUUUUUUUUUGGAUACCCCGGGCCCGGAGCGUACGGUCAGUUUUCCGGGUACACUGGGAAUAUCCUGUGCAAAAGUAUCGUACUCGUAGCAUUAAUUGCAAUCAUGCAUUACAAAUCUCUCUCUUAAGGUAAAUCAGCAUUACAAAUUUUAUUUCUCAUGCUGGGGAAAUUUGUAAUGCAUUUAUACGAGUGCGAUACUUUUGCACUGCAUAGUGAAAUUGGGGUUGCCGUUCAAAGUCGGCGAGCAGGUGGUGCUGGGAGCGAACCACACUUUUCAGUUCAAGAGGCUCCUCGGCUACGACGAAGUGACAAACUUGUCGAACCACGCUUCUGUCCCGGUGUUUUCCUUCCCGAAAUCGAGGCGGACGAUCAACGAGGUGCAGCUGGGGAAAUACGCGUGUGUGAACAGUAGGAAAACGGACGCCGGACCGCUGAAUCCGGGGAUGGUAACCGCAGUAAAUUCCCCGUACACGUGCAUAAGCUGUUUCUGCAUGACAAAACUUGCCUUCUUCAAUCUUUGUCACCAUGACAAGUUGGACGACACCUCGAGUUAGCGAAAUUUGUCAAGCAUCUUGUACGUGUUGUGCGGGAAAUUUGUAUUGCAUAGAUGGUUUAUGAGCAUUACUCGACGUUUUUUCCGAACAACCAUCCGAAAGGCACGCAUGGCCGCAGUAGCUCCUUUCCGGCCCGGGCGAAAAGUCAGAAGAUUUUGAUGAAAAAAGAGGAGAGAGAAGGGGGUACGCGGAUGCGGAAGGCGUAAGAACAGGGUUCAUUCUUCGUCCGGGGUAGUAAAGAGGUAAGUACGUCCUCUCUUGGCAGUGGUCGCACCGGCGGUGGGGAGUACAACUACGUCCUGGCGGAUGAGUAGAACAAAGUUUAGAAUAGAAGUCUCUUUCUCCUUUCAGGUAACAUUUCCGAGUUUGAGUACACGACACUGUAUGAUUCUUUCCAAAUGCAUUCACAUCAAUUGAGGUCAUUUACUUCGUUUUUCAAUAGAGUUUCAAUAAUAGCAAAACAGAUUUCCUAUCGCUAAAGAGUCAAAAAGUCCUGUUUCAGUUUCCACCACAUCCUCGUCUCACACAAAUGCAAAAUGACGCUGCUCUCAAAUCAAGUAUGCAAAGCUGACAACAACUUUUUAUCACUCUCAACAAAAAAGUCGAAUCGAAUGUCUCACACCUACGUAGAACCGAGAAGUUCAUGCAGAUUUUGUCAUAGUAGUCUUCGUGGUCCUCGUGCUUUUUCACACAAAACGAACGAACUGAACCAACCAAAACUGUAUCUAAACAUUCGCAAUGUCGUGGUCGUCAGGAGAAGCGAUCAUCUGUCGAGCCGGAAAACCGAUAGAGCGAUU